UGCCGGCAGGGUGCGCAGGCUCAUCGGAAUUGUGCGAGGACCCAGUCAACAAGCCCCAUUAUUCGGAUACUAGUAAAGGUGCAGAUACGAGACCCAGAUACGAGAGGCGGUGGAGCUGUUCGGCUCACACCCUGCGGGUUCCUCAGCAGUCCAUCUUUUCCUCUGACCUCCACUUCCUCCGACAGCAAUGGUGGCUAAGAACAGAAAACAAGCUGGGAAGACUCCGGCGACUCAGACUGACCGUGAAAGAAGCCCUCUUGUUCCCCCCCACGGCAAAAGUAACGUGAGGCGACCGGGGAGGGAGAGCAAGGCUUUCCCCGGCGCGCAUCUGAACGGGCUUUCAAGCGUUAAACAAAAGCUGGGGCUAACUCCCUCUGCUCUGCUGAAGCUCGGCAGCUUUCUUUUCCUGGCUGGUCUUUCGGGAUAUUUACAUUGGUAUCAUCUGUCUCACCUCUUUGAGAAUGACAGGCACUUUUCACACCUGUCUAACCUGGAGAAGGAAAUGGCUUUUAGAACAGAAAUGGGUCUCUACUAUUCCUACUAUAAAAUCAUUAUUGAGGCUCCCUCGUUUCUGGACGGCCUCCAUAUGAUCAUGAACGAUCGACUGACAGAGCAUCCGUUGGUGAUCAACACACUGAAGAGAUUUAAUCUCUAUCCAGAGGUGGUCCUGGCCAGCUGGUACCGGAUGUACACGGGUAUAAUGGGCUACUUUGGAGUUCCCACCAAGAUGUGCUGGUCUAUCAACAGAGGGGAGGGACUCAGUCCUGUGGACAGCUGUGAAGGACUUGGUGACCCGGCUUAUUUCUAUGUGACCUGCGUCUUCCUGUUGAACGGCGUGAUGAUGAGUCUGUUCUUCAUUUAUGGUGCCUACCUGAGUGGGAGUCGACUGGGUGGGAUCGUUACCAUUCUGUGUUUUUUCUUCAAUCAUGGAGAGAGCACCCGUGUGAUGUGGACUCCACCCCUGAGGGAAAGCUUUGCCUACCCCUUCCUGGUCCUGCAGAUGCUUCUUCUCACUUACAUUCUACGAACACGCAGCCCGAGCAGGACAGCCCUGGUUGCUCUGGGCAUCUCCAACGUUUGCUUUAUGCUGCCGUGGCAGUUCGCCCAGUUUGUGCUGCUCACUCAGGUGGCCUCUCUCUUUGCGUCAUACAUCCUGGGUUAUCUCGCUGGUGCCAAGAUGCAGUCCAUCUUAGUUACUCAUAUGAUCACCCUCGGAGUCUGCUUCAUCCUCAUGUUUGGGAACUCCAUGCUCCUCACGUCCUUCUAUGCCUCCUCUCUCAUUUCCAUAUGGGUAAUCAUUGCUUUGAGGGACAGAUUUGCUCAGAUUUUCAAACCUGGCAUCAUCAUCUGGGUCAUGCAGGGUUUGGCUUGGGUCGGCUCCACAGUUCUGCUCAAAUUUGUGCUAUCGACAAUCUUGGGUGCUUCAGAUGAUGCUCACAUCAGUGGACUAAUAAAGUCCAAGUUCACCAGCUACAAGGACUUUCACACCAUGAUGUACACGUGUGCUGCAGAGUUUGACUUCAUUGAAUUUGAGACUCCGCUGCGUUACCUCAAGACGCUUCUGCUGCCAGUCAACUUUCUGAUUCUUGCUCUCAUUGCUGGCAGAAUUUUCAAGGAUAUAAUCCGAACCCUCAGACAUGAAGAGAAGGCAUCUGUGAAGACAGAGGAUGAUGAAGCUGCUGCAGGGUCUGAAAUAGUUGCCAAAGGAGAGCUGGUGUACCACAGCCUGCAGCUGCUGGCUUUUGCUCUGCUGGCCAUUCUGAUCAUGCGGCUGAAGCUCUUCCUGACGCCUCACAUGUGCAUCAUGGGGUCUUUGCUCUGCUCCAGACAGUUGUUUGGCUGGAUCAGGGAAAGGUUGAAGCACCAGAGCGUGGUGCUGGCGGUCAUUGCCAUGAUGGCCGUUCAGGGAGUGGCCAAUCUGCAGGCGCAGUGGGCAAUCAUCGGAGAGUUCAGCAACCUGCCCCAGGAGGAGCUGCUGGACUGGAUCCAGGAAAACACCCGACCUGAUUCUGUGUUUGCGGGAGCCAUGCCAACGAUGGCCAGUGUGAAGCUUUCCACCGGUCGACCCAUCGUCAACCAUCCUCACUAUGAGGACUCUGGUCUCAGGGAGAGAACCAAGCUGGUCUACUCCAUGUACAGCCGCAUGUCAGGAGAAGCUGUAAAGAAGAACCUGAUGAAGCUGGGAGUGGAUUACUUCAUCCUGGAGGACUCCUGGUGCACCAGGCGGACUAGGCCUGGGUGCAGUAUGCCAGAGAUCUGGGACAUUGAGGAUCCUCAAAACGUUGGUAAAAUUCCCCUCUGCACCCACAUGUCCAGGAGCUCUCGACCUCACUUCACAACAGUCUUUUCAAAUGACAUUUAUAAAGUUCUCAAAGUCCCCAAAGAUCACAGAUAACAUCGUUGGACGGACCAGGCAUCAUGAAUCCUGUGCUUUUAGAACUUGAUUCAGUUUCUCAUGCUUUGGUUCAGCUUUUUGUGUUCAAGUGGGCCAAAUGAAAGUCCAUUAACCAUCUUUUAUUUUAACAUCUCUGUGACCCAACAGCACUAUUUUAAUUGUUUGUGACCAAAUGAAAGCUGAACGAGAGUACAGCUUCUGCUAUUUUGUUGCAGUUUUACUAUAUUUCCUCAUUUGAAAGGA